UUUCCCCAGAGACUCUUUUAUGACUACUUAAAUUGCUCAUUUAACCAGAUACAGUAGAUAUGAUUUAUUGUAUAUUGAAGAAAUGCAUUUAAAAUCACAGCGCAUAGCCCCAGGACACUAUUCUCCAAGUCAAGCAUUCAAACAUACCCAUGGCGGCCACUUUAUACCACACACACCCUCUCACCCUUGUCUAUAUAAAGGCUGAAGCUAAUAGCAACAGCCUGUCAGCCUAAGGCACGAUGAACUGAGGGUUACGCGAGGGGAACUGACUUAAAAAGCUCUUGCUACGAUGAACGCAAGCAAGAGCUGUUUUUCCCAGGCACUCAUCAUGUGUUGAGUGAAUGUGAAGCAGUUGAGUUCUCGGUCUCCAUCAUUUCAGGAUUCCUUUUGAGAAAGGAUGGACGUUUUUUUCGUUGUCAUGUUUUACUGCAUCUCAGUGUCAGCGCUUCCUCCUGGAUCUCCCCCCUCUGCAAGCCCACAGACGCUUACAGAAAACAUUCGGUCCAGCACUGUGCGAUUGCCUGCAGCAUCAGCAAUGACCACUCCCGAGGUGGAGACUGACCAGACAGCAACAACCAAACUCUCAGACAUCACUAUGGUCAUCAUUGUGUCUGUUAGCCUGGCUCUUCUGGUUUGCGCCAUCAUUCCGCUGAUGUUCUAUAGGAACUGGAAAAGUAGUGCAGAAGCUCGGAGCAGAGCAGGCGCAAACAAAGAAGAUGUCGAGGAAAUGUCACCAGUAAGGCCGCAUCGCGUUCAAUCACCUGGUGGCCUGCAAACUAAUGGGCAGAAUCUUUCCUUGCUUGCCACAUCUUCCAUUCAGCCAGCCAGAUGAGGACAAUCUAGACUGGAUAGGUUUUUAUUAGUUUGUCUUUCUUGUCUUUCCUUUCCCUCGGCACUGACUAUGACAAUGCCAACUUGUAAUCAAGAUGCCUUGCUAACAUCUUAAACUAGAGAUAGUUUGUUUAUAUGUAAUACAAAGUACAACGAAAAGAAGAGGUGCAUAAGAGCACAGCAGCAAUGGUUUAAUUACUAAGUCAAACAGGGAAACGGCCAAACAAAUCCAUCAAUUGGUGGUCUGGUGAUAAGAAGUUUUGUAUUGAUGCAAUUGUGAGUCAAAUUUGAAUAAAUAACAUUAAUAAUAAAUUGAGGACUAUGUAUGACAAGUCAUGAAACUAUUAUCUCUAAAGGGCUGGGAGUAGUACAGGGAUGCCAUUUAGCACAAUUUAAUUAGAAACAUGGGGAAUAAUUUGAGGCAGUGAAAUAGCUUUUCUGUGAAAAAUAUGACAACAAAAUUGAGUCAUUUUAGUGUCAGACUGCACCAUGAAAUAUAGGCCAGGCGAGGGCGCUAUAAACAUGAAAAAGAUGAGCAACGUUUCAUCUUCUCAGCUGCCCUUCCUUGCGAUGGUCUUCAUAGUGGUGAAAAAAGUGUGUGUGAAAAAUACAACAGUCUUGUUAACUCAAUGAUGGUUGACUUCAUGCAGGUAUUGCAAGUAAGCGUUAUUAAAUGUUGCCCACUGUUCAGAUCCUGCCCUGUCCGAGUCAUGCAUGCAUCAUUGUGUUCUUGGAUAAGACACUUUACCCACCUUGCCUCCAGUACCACUCACAUUGGUGUAAGACCCGGGUGUGAAUGGUGGAGGUUGGAGAGGCCAUAGGUGCACACUGGCAGCCAAACCUCCCUCAGCCUGGCCCAGGGCAUCUGUGGCGAAAGAAUGUAGUUUAUCACCACCACCAGAGUGCGAGUUGGAGAAGGUAACAAGAAAGGGACAGAAAAAAAAAAGAGAAAAAAAGCUACUGAGUCAACGUGUGUACAAUGGAAAAAUCAUGUAACCUUCAACAACCUGGGAAAGUAAAGUUGCCGAAACGAAGAACGCCAGUGUUAUGCAUCUUUCUCUUUGAGGGUGCAACACAUGGUCCCAUUUUCAGUGAAAGUAAUGGCUUACACAGUUUUAAAAAUAGAAGAUCAUAAAAGUACUGUAUAUUCUUUAAACAACCACUAUGUUGUGUUUUGAAUGCACAGUUGUUGUUUCCCUAUGCAAGAAUAUUACACCAUCUUUUAUCUUAGGCAGGCUUAUUGGAUAAUCAGGAUACAAUAUUUUUAUAAUAAUAAUAAUUAUUAUUAUUAUGUAUAAUAUAUAUACUUAUAAUUAUUUUAAGUCAUUUAAUUCUCACGUAUCCGUGUCCUGGAACGUUACAGUACUGUUGAUUGUUUUAAUAAACAUGUUUCUUCUCAUAAGUCAAGGGUUUUCAGGGCCAGAGAGAAUUAACAGCGGAAGUGCAGUAGUAAUUGGAAAAAGGAACCAAGCAACUACCGAAAAAAGAACAACUUGAGAGACUAAACGUAAAAGAGAACUCAUGAGAGCAUGGAGAUACUUUUCCUUGUCAUUGCAUUUCUUAUGCAUGGGACAGCAAACACGGAGACUGAAGUCACAGGAAUAUCUGGGGAAAACAUUAUAAUAACAUGCUCUCGCUACGAUCUAUUUGAUGACACCAAAUACUUCUGCGAGAAAAACUGUGAUUAUGAUGACGAUGUCCUAAUAAAAAGCAAGGGCAUAGCAAGAUGGUAUUCAAAAGGAAGAUACAGCAUAAUAGAUGAUGGAAAAACAUUCAGAGUUCAAAUCUCUCAGCUGACAAAGGAGGAUGCUGGUACCUACUGGUGUGGAUGGGAACAAUGGGGUAAAGAUGAUCACGAAAAAGUUGUCCUCACUGUCAGAGAAGGAACAACAAAAGCACCAACAAACCCAACUCCAAGUACUCCGUCCUCUAUAAACGGUACAGUGAUCACUCCAGAAAAUGUCAUCGUGGAGAAACCUAACCCGAUGCUGCUUGUGGUUGCAAUGACAUGUGCAGUUCCCAUAUGUGUGUGUCUUCUUUAUACACUCAUUUGGUUAGUGACUAUGAAAGCCAAGCAAGUCAUCCCACGUCAUCAACAAAAUAUGCCAUCUGACUACGAGAUCAUGAUGCCUGCUGUUAGAAAUGAAGGUCACUGCGGGGCCUCAAGUCCGCGGUAUAUCGCUCAUUUGGAAGAUGCACCCAAAGAACCUACAGUGGAGAAUCAAGAGUCUCCAGGCUGCCUCGGCGUCAGUGAAAAUCUCUAUAUAAAGCUCAGUCAAAUGGAGGAGUGUAUCUAUCAUGACCUAAGUUCAUCAAAAGAAAUUCCCAAAGGAAAACACUUGGGGCACUGAAGACUGCUCAGUCUCCAGAAGUUAGGAAUUUGAAAAGAGAAUAGUUCUCCACCAUGAACUUUUGAUUGUGGACUUGGUGAAUUAUUUCAUGACGAUACUGAUUGUUUUGGUAGCUGUUUUUUUUUUGGUUGUUGUUUGAUGGUUGGUACCCACCACACAACCCAUUUAACUGCUGUGAUGGAAAAUUGUGUAAAAUCUUGAUCUUUCCAAUUCUUAACUGCAAGUGUCACAUUUCUGACUUCAUAGCGACCGAUGACUCUUUUGUGGUCUGGAACUUAGCUGUUUGUUUCAUAGAGGCUGAUAAGGUUCUUUUUUUGUGGGGUAAGAGAAGACACAGACAGAGCAUAGCAUUAUUUUGUAGUGAAAAUAAUGUAGUGGCUUCCACAGUUUUAAAAAAAGAAGAUCAGAGAAGUACUGUAUAUUCUUUAAACAACCACUAUGUUGUAUUUUUGAUGCAUGGUUGUUGUUUCCUCUUGCAAGAAUAUUAACACUUAGAAGAUCAUCUUUUAUCUUAUAAAGGAUUAUUCAAUAAUCAGGAUACAAUAUUUUCACUAGGGCUGUAAUUCAUAUAUGUUUGUUGUGAGAUACUACUUGAUUCAUUGGAUUAUCUAAUUUGACUUUCACUUUUUUUUACCAUAAUUACCCAGAAACUUAUUUUCCUUACCUAAUUCAGUGCCUUGUCAAUCUUCCAAACUGUCACACAUUCUGUCAGUAGAAAUGUUAAAAAUAUUACAGCACAACUGUUUAUCUCCAUUUGUAAUCAAUUUUAUUGUAGGUGCUUGUGUAUAUUUUCAUUCAUUCAAGUCAUUUAAUUCUCACGUACUGUUGAUUGUUUUAAUAAACAACUUAAUAAACAA